AUAUUUUUUUUUUUUUUUUUGUUCUGUAAAGGUGUGUUUACUAUAAAACGUUAUUUAUUAAGAAUAAUAUUUAAAAAAAACAAAGUUAAAGCUAAUGAGACCUAAUAAACAUAUGUAAUUGAAUUUUAAAAUGUCAGCUAAGGUUAUAAAGGAUAAAAAUACACCGAAUAUAAAUUUUAAAAAGUUUAAUUAUAUUAUCAAACGAAUAAAACGAAUAAAGAUGGGAAUAUUUGAUAUAAAAUCAAAAACUAUAGUCACUGAUUAUUUAGAACAGUGUGUCAAUAAAAAUGAUGAUGAUUGGAAUUUAAUCAUCAAUACAUGUGAUGCGGUAAAUGCAACAGAAAACGGAGCAAAGGAAGCAACGAAAUUCAUUAGAAAGAAGAUUUCAAAAUCAGGAAACGUUCAACUUCGAACAUUAACUGUGCUAAAAGCCAUGACGGAAAAUUGUGGAGCUAAAUUUCACGCAGAGAUUGCUAGCAAAAAAUUUCUUGAUGAAAUAGAAAUUGUAGCAAUAUCGCCGAACACGGAUGAUGAUAUAAAACAAAAAAUAGUUACAUUAUUGGGUACUUUAACUGAAAUGUUCAGGAAUGAACCCAGUUUGUAUCAAAUAUCUAAUCUCUAUUCAAAAUUGACGGGAAUUCGAGUUAGUUCAACUCAGAAAUCUUCUCAAUUAUCAAUCCAACAGAAUAAUAUAUCUAAUGAAGUCUCAACGAAAGUUAAAAUUUCAGAAACAAUUGAAAUUUCGAAGAAUAAUAUACAAUUGUUCACACAAACGUUAUCAUUCACUGAUCCUGAGAAAGAAGAUAUUACCAAAAAUGAAUUGAUUCAGGAAUUUUAUACAAAAUGCAAAUCUUUACAUCAAAGCAUUAUGAAUUAUUUAUCUGAAAUUCAAGAUGAACAAUGGAUAGAUACUCUUCUUGCGCUUAAUCAGGAUUUUGUGAAUUCAUUUAAAAUGUAUGAGGAUAUGAUUGAAAGAGGACAAGUAAAAAUAGCAAAACACGAAUCACAGAAACAAUCAUUUAGGGGAUCACAUUUGAAUAAUUUAGAUUUCGAUGAUGCUGGAGUCGGGAGUUCAUCCUCGUAUAAUCCAUUUGAGGACUCAAACGAGGUGGAAUAUGAUCCCGUAGUUUCAGGCCCAAGUGCGAAAGCAUUAGGUAAAAUGCCCGCAUCCAGAUUUUAUGAUUCGACACCGAACCGUAAUUCAAGCAAUAAUAAUAACAAUAAUUAUUCAUCUUCGUACAAUGAAAAUCAAAAUAAAACUUCAUCAAUAUUUAGUGAAACUCAAAAAGUGCCUGCAUCCUUGUAUAACGAUACCACAUUAUUUGAUGAGGAUGAACCCUCUUCAGAGAGUCAACAACAAUAUUCUAAUAUAGAUGCACCUUUAGAACCAGCUCGACCUCCAAAUGGUAGUAAUAAUAUUAAUGGAAGGCAUGAACAUAUCGUAAUUUAAUAUAUAUAUCAUAUAUAUAUAUAUAUAUAUUAUAUUUAUUAUUUAUUUAUUAGAUGUAUUUAUUAUCUGCUAUAUCAAACUAUAAAUGAUAUAAUGAUAUAAAGCAAAAUAAAUUAUUUAUAUGCAAAGUUGCGCGUGUUUCAUACAAUUACUUGAUCACGAGAUUAUUACUGCAAUGACAUGUGUUAUUGCUAAAUAUGCUAUAAUGAUGUUAAUAAUAGCUAUAUGUGCUUAUACAUCAUAUAUUUUAAGAAGUUUAGAAAAUCGAAUGUGAGCAUCAAUUUCCAAAAAAUAAUUCCUAUUUAAAAUAAAACGAUUAAUUAAAAAUUAAUUAAUAAUUUGUCGAUC